UCACUCAACUUUUCCUCUGCUCUUCUGCGUCCAUUCGCGCGAUCUUGCUAUUGGGGUGACCUGCAGGCGGUGAAAGAAGCGGUAGAGUCCGGCGCUGCCCCCGAAUUGACAACGCUCGAGACAGCAUACAAGCACGGAUACGUCACCCUCCUUUUCUUUGGUGCACGGGAGGCCGGACUCUCAUCCACUCGAGGAGAUCUAGCAGACCACAUCGGGACGCUGAAGUACCUCCUCGAACGCGGCGCAUCGCCAAAUACCCCAGAUAUCGUCGGCUACACCCCUCUCCACCACGCUUGCAUGGCCCACCCGCGCGCAGACAUCGCGCGGAUCCUGCUCCAGCACGGCGCGAACCCCGACGCGCAGGACCGUUUCGGCAGCGUCGCGCUCAUAGGCGCAUUCCAAAACGAGUCGAUCGCCGCGAUCGAGGUGCUGCUCGAGUUCGGCGCGCGCCUGGACGUUGCGGACCCGAACGGACACACGCCCGACAGCUUCUUCGUUCAGUGCGGCCCGAAAGUGACGGCGGUCGUGCAGAAGUGGAAGAGGAAGCGGGCGGGCACUGCGAACCCUCUGGACGAGAAGCGGUGCGCGACGUGCGCGAGGGCAGAUGGACCACUCAAGUUCUGCGCCAAGUGCCAUGCGACAUGGUAUUGUUCGAAGGAGUGUCAGAAGGAGGACUGGAAGAAUCACAAGCCGACUUGCCAGCCAUUCUGCGCCGGGAGCACCAUCACCCUCAUUCCGUGCUACUCCGACGAGAUCACCUCCUUGGCCUCCUGGUCAGACAUGGCACGCGAGAGACUCGGCCAGCCGUUCGAUAAACGCCCCGCGCGGAACUCGCGCUCCGUCCAUAUCCCGCGCAUCUCCCCCGGUCAGACAAAGCAGAUGAUCAUCAAGGUGCAAGUGCCCAUGGACGUCGAGGCUGGCCUUCCAUCGGACAAGCAUGUCGGAAACCUUCUGGUGUACGACAAGAAGCGAAGCUUGGUCUGCAGGAUCCGGAAGUGCGACAACGUGGAGGGGUACAUGCGGCUGUCAGAGACCGUGCUCACGCAGGGCGUUAUGGGCGCGAAGGCGUAUUUUUCUGCUGAGAUGACGUCGCCGGAUGCGCUCGUCGUUAAAGUGUUUGAGGUAUUGGCCGAACAGGCCUUCUGA